AUGGGACAAACACCAAGUACAAACCGGGCAAAUGACCCCAAUGGCGGGCUUCUGAUUACCCUUACCAAAGCUGACGUCUACAAUCUUUUCUACACAAGAUGCUUGCAAGUGCUAAAACCGCUGGAACUUGCGUUUGUUAGAUUCGUAAUAGAUGAAAACGAUAAAACAACCAUAUCGAAAGCUGACUUGAAAACCAAAUUGAGUUUCGGAAAGGGUAUAUCGCUUGAACUAUGGAAUGAACUAAUGGAUGAUGUUCUUUUUCUAAUGAUGAAGGGUUUGGGCAAGUUUCCGUUUUUGAUGGAUGACAAAGAAGCGAGUGAAUACUUGACAAUUCAAGAAUUUGUCAUUGCAUUCGUUUUCAUGCUGGGGAGAUAUAAUAAAGUGUUGAGUCAGGAUUUUGAUUUUUUGAAAUUAUGGUUUGCGUCUUUAUCAGAAUCACGAAUAAAACAAGUUGUUGAUGACAAGGGGGAUGUCGCAUUGGAGGUGCCUUUGUUACUUCCUUUUGAAGAGUCUGAUGAGAUAAGCCUUAGAGCGAAGAAAGUGGAUUGGAAAAAUGCCCCUUUUUGUUCAUUGAAAGACAUAGAUUCUGAUCUGUUGCAACUAGAUGCGAAGAGCUUCGUUGAAACUAAUACCAUGUUACUCAUUGCCAGUUCCACCCAAUUGCAAAAACGAGGGUCAAUGGGGGCACAAUUCAUUUCACGACUCAAACAAUGGAACGAGUUUGAAGUAUAUGCGACAUCAAUUUUGAGGUUCAUUGAUGUCAACUUGCUGGCAAGUAAAUUGAAUGAGGAGUCAAUUCUUUUUGAUCAGUUCUCAAAGGGUGUUUUGGAUCUUUUGCCCAACUUCUAUCAAAAUAGUUUACAGAGGUUGUCGACAGAACUUUUUACUUCAUCGACACUUGUAAAUGAUGAAGCACAUUCUAGUGAGCUAUUGCAAAAGGGGAUCCAGUUUAAGCCUACCAAACUUGUAUCAGUAGCAACGCUCGCUUAUAUAUCUUCUGUGUUAAAAGGAAUUGGGAGUGAUUUGCAAGUAACGACAGAAAAUGCAGUAAAAUUGUACGCUGGGUCAGAGUCUGGCUUCUCGAUCCGUUCUUUAGAAACCAAGAUCUUCAAAUGGCAGGCUCCCACUUUCUUAAUUGUUAGUGGAAAAAGAAUCAAGCAAAAAACAAUGGAAACCAACAGACGUUAUCAGAACUUUGAUGAAGCAUAUCCAAGGUACUUUUUAAAGCAAGAGAAUCAUUUACGACCAUGGCAGAAUGACAAUGACAGAAUUACUUAUUGCGUUGUGAUUAAAGAACCUUGGCAAAGCUCUAACAAGAAGAAUUUUGGAGAUACAUCUACAGUAAUUUUAUCGAUGACUCCUCGUGCUGAUUGCUACAAAAGUAUUCAUAGUGAUGUGACGAAAGGAAAGCUGAUAUACUUCAAUAACCAGGGGAUGGGUUUGGGGUUUGGUAAUUUGCAACCAUUAAACAAAAAUGGUCAUCAAAGAUACUACCCAGGAGAUGUCUCCUUGACUAUAGAGGCCAAUUUAGAGUUUGCUGUAUUUAGACAUUUGGUCCAGCUGAAAAACAAUGCCACCAACUUCUUUAAACCAUCAACUCAGGUCCAGCUCGCCAAUGAGAAUUUUGAGGAUAGGUUCACCAUCACUGAUCUCGAAGUAUGGGGUAUUGGCUCAAUGAAAGAAUUAGAUGAACAAAGAAAGCAAUGGGAGUGGGAGGAAAAGCAAGCCAAUGCUAGGCAAAGUGUGAAUGUACGAAGUAUGGGUGAAGAAAGAGCAUUUUUAGAAAUGGCAGGUUUAGUUGGUAAUCACGGUAGCUACAAUCGAUAA